UUCAUUAUGGUUUUAAUGGGCUUCGACUUCCUGGGCUUCGACUUUGGCGACUUUGGUGUGCGCCGUCAGAAAUCAGGUCACCCGUUGCCUUCUUUGUCAUCCUUCUUUUCAUUCGAUUCCUCUUCCGACAGUUUGGUUUUAUUUCUCGAUCUUAAUGACUCUACGCCCGAUCUCUGCCGACGUCGCGAUUUCUCUUCCUCUAACGGAUUCUCCAUCCUCCUAUAUAUCCAUGUCGUCUAUGGUGCUCACACUGCCGUCGCCUACUCCACAUUCAACACUCUUCGUCUAGGCAGAUCUGCUCAGACCGUCGUCGGUCGUCUCAUCGGAUUCUGGGACGGAGAGUUUAUGAGGAUAACGCUUCUCCUCCUCGAUGAACAGAUGCUGUGAGUGAAAUACACUCUGUGCAGGGGUCCGAUCUCAAGAACAAUGCAGCUACCACCAGAGUUGUGGUCCGCCUCCUGAUUGAAUGUGUCUACUUAUUGUUUCCACGACAGGAAUGUAACUGUCUACCUAUCUUUUUUUGGGAGACGAUAUCGGUGUGAGGAAUGUGCUGCAGCAGAUGGUCCGGAGAUUUCAGACGCUCAGAAGAAACGCAAGCUCCCCCGUGUGUGGGUGGAAAUAACAAAUCCUAUCGGCCCGUCAAGCGUCUUAUCUAUCUUUUUUUUUUAAACUGCUACUAGCUUUGUUUCCCAUUAUCAACUUUUUAUGGUUUUCCUUCUUCAUUUUUCCUCUGUUCGGAUAAAUUAUCUCUGUUUCAGAAUAUAUUAGUGAAUCUUUGACGGGUUUUACUAGAUUAUAAACUUAGCAAUGAUUUAUUAUUUUACUUUUAAAUUUAAUCCACUGUAAAAGGAAUGCUUGAUACGCACGGGUUGCUGCUAUUGAAACUCCUGACUAAUGGUUAACUGCAGAGUAUAUGCUUUAAAGACUAAAUGUUUGCUCUGUUUUGUUUAGCGAUUCUCAAAG